ACGAAUCGCACGAAAGUAAAUGCUAGCACAUAGCCGCUAAAGCGCCUUGGUUUUUUGGCUGGACUGUUCAAUUACAUGCGGGCCCAACGUCGCCAUCGCUCCGCGGUUGCUUGUCGGAAUUGCAGGAGGCGCAAGGUGCGGUGCAGCGUCACUGUCACAGGCAUACCCUGUUCAAAUUGUACCCAAGAUCGAACAGCCUGCACGAUCCAAGAGGUCAGCCAUGAGUUGCUAAGAAGUCCGAUUCCGGUAUCUCAAAGACAAGUCCAUUCCUCAGAGCUGAUAGGGGCCACUGUUGAUAAAUCCAGCUAUGCACCUGUCAGAAAUGACUCACAAGCGUUGUAUCCGGAUCGGCAUGAUCCUCCAGUACGCAACUCUCACUCAUCUCUACCUGGAGAUGGUGACCCGGGCAAUGCUCAGCUUGGCAAAACUCCUGUGCGACUAGAUCCGGAGCGUCAGAGAAAUCUGGAAGAGGAGCAAAGUGGAGCUGAAAUUUCAUUUGCAGCACGUGGACAGGGUGACUCAAACUCCGGUACCCCUUUCUACACUGGGGAGCAGCCAAGUAUGACUUCUUUGAUCGAUGUCGAAGAGCAUUUUCCGCGGCAUGUCAUGCUAAGACACUAUCCUCCAAGUGCCCUCUCACAAGCUGAUCUCCAAUAUCUCAAGCACAAAGGCGCACUUAGCCCGCUGCUCAUGUUCUCGCACCAGGAGCUUCUCCGAGCUUACUUCCAGCAUGUGCAUCCUAUGUUGCCAGUAUUGCAUCUCUCAAAACUAGAAGAGAUGAAGUCACCUGACGCAAUACCUCUGCAUGGUAUGUUGCUGUACUGGAGCAUGGCCGUAGUAGCCGUCAAUUUUGUACCCAGCGACGUAUGGAAAGCCGAAAAAUACUCGUCCAGAAAACAUAUGAAAGACACAAUGUAUAAUCGUGCGAAGUGCCUGUACGACAAUACUAACGAGACAAACAAAGAGGUACUUCUUCAAUCUGCACUUCUCUUAUCUUUCUGGCAUUCGGAGAAGGACAGUCAUUCUCAACCCUGGUAUUGGAGCGGUGUCGCUAUCAAUUGGUGCCAGAUCAUAGGUCUCCAUCGGGACCCAGAUGCCGCGAGGGUCAAUCCACUGGUUUCGCCACAGCGCCGUCAUCUGUGGCGAAGGUUAUGGGCCUGCUGUAUGUUCCGCGAUCGAUGGCUCAGCUUGACUCUCGGGCGUCCACUCCGGAUCCGCCUCAGCGACUGCGACAUGCCCCUCCCCGUUUCACAUGACGUGCUGGUUGACUUGGAGGCGCUGCCAAGCGACUUGCAUGCCUACCUGCCUGGUGAUCUUGUGGUGAUGGUCGAGCAUUGGAUCUUGCUGAUCCAAUUGUGCAAGAUCCUCGGUGAAAUCCUAUUACUAUGCUAUCAACAGCUGGGGAACCGUCCGCUUCUAUCACAGUUCGAAGCCCUUGAAACCGACCUGAACUCGUUCUCCAUUCCUGAACUUAAAGGCACCGAUCAAGGUUCACUCGCCUCAUUCAGCUACUAUCAUUCACAGCUUCAUUUGCAGGCAACAUCGAUAACCUUCUACCGAUCAUUCGUGUCCGUUGUACCCGAAGGCCUAGCUACGGAAACUGCAAAGUCAUGGACAUGUCGAGUGCGGAGCCGUAUGGAGAGCGCCGCAACACAAACGAACAGCAUCAUUGAUCAUAUCGCGCGCGAGGGACUCGUGAUUUUUGCAACUCCAAUGACACCUAUACUGCUGGUACCAGCUAUGCACGUCCAUGUACUGGGCUGUAAAUCUGAAAAUCACUUGACUCGUCGACUGGCGUUUAACAAACUCGAGAUGUGCAUGACAUUUAUGCGAGAGCUUCAGAGGACCUAUACAUCAGCAUCGAUAUUUUGCGGCGUCUUUGGUGAGGCAAUCCGCCAGCUUGUGCCGGGACCACUGAAUGAGUCGAUCUGGGGCGUUGCGCAGUCGGAAUACCCUUCCACAAUAGGCACAUUAGCGCCAGAUAGUGCUGAAAGCGUUGCAAAGGAUGACCUUGCUUUGCAGCCAGUCGUAUCGGAUGAUAUUCUUGAGUCUCUCUUGGACGAGAAUUCCACCUAUAACUUUUGGGAGUCGAUGAAUAUGCCGGAUCAGUAUUUUUGAGCCUUUGCGAGACAGCAGUUCUGAUUGUAUUGAUAUCAUUAAAUACAAUAUGGAUUGUGAGACACUAAAUUCUGGUCUCGAGGCAAGUCUAGGCACCCAAUCUCGAACAGGGGCUGAAAUCGUACCCCCGCGCUGCUGCGCAUCUGAUGAUGAUGCCGAGGCGCAGCGUCCCCAAUAAGCCGGUAGCCAUGACCAAAUUUUUAAGCAGC